GCGUUCUGGUUCGAGAAAAACGACACGGGAUCCCAGUAAUCGACGCCAGGCAAAAGCGAGAGGCACCUCCGCUCCGCUCGGCUUGCCGUGGGUUCCGUCGGCCCGGCCCCUCGCCACUGCUGUAGAGUACGCCCUUUCCUCUCCGGUCGAGUCAGCCGCGCUCCUUUACGCCUCGCCGCUGCCCCCGCCACCGCAACGCCUGGUGCCCGGGGGCCGGGCCGGGUCGCGUGGUGGAUCGACGCUGUACCAGUACCACCCUGCCUGCCGGCCGGCCGGCCUUUGGUGCGUCGCGUGGCAUGUGCUGCUUGCGCGCACGUCGCGUUUCGCCGUCGAGUCUUGUGAAGGGACGCCGGACGCGCGCUGAUGGGACGGGACGGGACCGGACUCGGACCGGGACAAGACGCGUCAGAGUACUCUCGCCUGCUGAAUGCCUGCUCAGUGCUCACUGCUCAGCCGGUGCGCCCGCGCCGCUGUCGGCGUGCACGCCUGACGGGCGGGGGGCGGCUAGCUCCGGGCUCCCACCUCGGUUGGCGCGCGGCCAAUCCCCACCGGCCGCAAGUACGCCCAUCGCCGGGCCCCACGGCGUGGCGCGGCGCUACUGCCUAGUAGCCUAGCUACCUUGCCCGAGAACCCGAAGUAGAAAAUGGCCAAGGCUUCCCCAGCCAACCAGGCCGUGCAUGCAUUGCAUGGGCAUAUAUGCGUCCGACCCGUAUGCUGUCGAGUCGGCUAGCUUGCGUUGCGUGGAGUGUAGCUAUAGUUGAUCAGAUGCAUGGUGCAGUGAAGAGCGCGCAGCACACGGUUUACCCGUCGAGCUAGCGAGUACACAGCCGGAGUAGCCAAUAAUUAUCAGCUGGACUUCUUUUUGUAGAUCCUGCCGCUGCUGCUAUAUAUAUAUAUAUAUAUAUAUUUAUUUAUUAUAAAUGUAAAAAAAGGAGAAUAACUUUGUUCUACGUCUGGUGCUACUUAUUAUUAUUAUACUAUAUUUUGUAGAAUCCCGGCAGGCCAGGCAUCGCACACCGUGAUGGACGGACAGCGCCUUUUUCGGUCUUCACGUGGUGUGGCCCAAGAGCAAGAGGUUCCCGUGCAUCUUUCCGUCGAGUCAUUUUAUACAAAAGACGGGCCUGCCAUUGGCCACCAGCGUUUUGCCACCAAUGAUCUGUGAUCUCCGCUGUGGGAUGGCAACGGGCACAUUUUACCCGCGUGCCCGCGGGUAAAAACCCUAUAGGGUGCGGGUUUGGGUGUGAGUUUGUACCCGCGGGUACGGGUGCGGGUUUGAUUCUCAAUCCGACGAGUUUUUUUCUCGCGGGUAUGAAAAUGUUAUACCCGUGCCCGCAAACCCGCGUACCCGCAAUGGAUAUAUAUAUAUAUAUAUAUAUAUGUAUGUAUGUAUAUAUAUAUAUGUGUGUAUAUAUGUAAUUUUAUAUGUGUGU